GCACAGCACAGCCAGGCCCUCUCCCUGUAGUUUCAACCUCCGGCCGCUCUGUGCAUGCCCGCUCAUCAGCUGUCACUGUGGCCGUGUGGAGACGCACAUGCUGUUUUUCGACUACCUGGUAACGGAGCAUAUGCUGCCAUGAGUGCUUUGUGUCGCUUGCUUCAGAGAGGACUGCUGAGCGGCCGGCCUCUGUGUCGUUUAUUCCCCGGACAGCAGGAUGUUUGCGGGGUGGCUCCCGCGGUCCGGUCAGCCAGCUCAUCCAGUCCUGUCAACUUGACCUACGACGUCUUCGAUGGGAAGGGAGAGAGCACUCCCCUGGUGUUUCUGCACGGCCUCUUUGGCAGUAAAUCUAACUUCCACUCAAUAGCAAAGUCCUUGGUGCAGCGCACAGGCAGAAAGGUGCUGACAGUAGAUGCCCGUAACCACGGCAACAGCCCUCACAACCCCGUGCUGACCUACGAGGCGAUGGCGAAUGAUUUGAAACACCUCCUCGCCCAGCUCCAUAUCGACAAGUGCAUCCUGAUCGGCCACAGCAUGGGUGGGAAAACGGCCAUGACGACCGCUUUGACGCAGCCUGCUUUAGUGGAGAGGCUGGUGGUCGUUGACAUCAGUCCUGCUCAAAGCAGCACACGGACCAACUUCCGGUAUUACAUCCAAGCAAUGCAGGAGAUGACGAUCUCCACAGACAUCCCUCGUUCCACUGCAAGGCGGAUGGCUGAGGAUCAACUGCGCAGUUUAGUGAAGGAACAUUCAGUGCGUCAGUUCCUUCUCACUAACCUGGUGGAGCAGAACGGACACUACGCCUGGAGAGUCAACUUGGAGGCCAUCUCAGCGCACCUUGAUGACAUCAUGAGUUUCCCCAACUUUGACACCGGCUAUGAGGGACCUACUCUGUUUUUGGGUGGAGCUAGCUCUGCUUAUAUCAGCUCCGACGAUUACCCAGAAAUCCAGAGGCUGUUCCCCAAUGCAGAUAUCCAGUACAUCCCAGAUGCCAGCCACUGGAUUCACGCAGACAAACCCUUAGAUUUCAUCAGCUCCAUCAUCUCCUUCCUUCAAUCCUAGCUGCCUGCAGUGUACGCCUCUGAACUUUUUUUAUGCUCGACACCGUGAGCGUCCGCUCGUCAAAAACUGAGGGUGCCGAAUCAGCAGCUUCAGCAGGAGCAAGUGUAACUAUUAACGAUGCUUGUAUUUGCCAACACUGGACCAAACUCACCCUUAUACAACAGUCAGAUAAUACCUUUUGACAAUAUAGCACUUAGUGUAAUGUACUGUAGGUGAACUUUUAUUUUGUUUAGCCUCUCUGCCAGACAUGUAGUGUUAUUAGACUGGCUGGUUUCUAGAUGUGUGUUUGUUUUUUUGUUGAUUUUUAGAUAAUAGAAACAAAAGAAUCUCCAGUUUAACAUAAUGGGGCAGUUUUUGGAGGCGGUAUACUAAUCCAAAGAAAUUCUCAUUUGCACAGUGCUUCGUUUGUUUCCAGUGGCUUUAGGCGAAGGACAGUCUGGGACCGCUGAAGUGUAGAAAGUCGUGACAGCACUGCAAUGAAACAAAUACUGUAAAUCUUAGAAGUGAUGAAUGUGUUAAGCAAAAAAUGUAUCAGGAAGUUCGAGCUUGGCACAGAGGACGUGGCACAGGAUUUAUGUGGUCAGUUGGUUUGUCAUAGGAAUUUAUUUUACUGUUGAUAAUAGUGAUAUAUUCAGCUUUUGGUGCAGAACGCGUCUCUUCGUUUGUGUAUCUGCUGUGUGUCGAACACGAGGAUUUACAGGUCAGUUGCAUUUUGCAAAACUCAAGGUCACGGAGAGCGAUGGCUGUUUUUUUAAGCCAACUCAUGCAUCUAUGAAAGGUGAGCAGAAACCACACAUACAGUAUUAUCGCACUGUUUCCUGAGUGUCUCAGGUUACAACUGGAUAUACUACUUAUUACACACUUAUGCUAUUGUUUUGUCUGUCUGGGGAUAAGCCUCGGUAACGUCGUCGUGUCUUUGUGUGUGGUCAGUCCAAAUAGUGUUUUGAUGAAACAAUGUUUUACCAGUCUGUAUCUCAUUUAUCUCUACAAAUAAGGCGCGUAUGGGUAUCUCACAAAUAUAUGCUGCAAUGAGGUACAACUGUACCUUGUUAUGUGAUCGUAAUAGUAGUGAAACUGCCAUUGUGUGAAUAAGCAGGGUGUUGUUAAUUUGUAUACGUGCCUCUUUUAUCCAGAGCUCCUUUUACAUUUCUGUAAAACUUUAUUAAGAAAAAACAACUUUUAUUCUUCAAUAAUAAUCUAGUAGAGUUUAGAUUGGCAGCUGGGUUGCCAGUUCUGUGUGAAUUUUCUCACAAGAAAAGUUCAAGCACCUAGAUGUUUACCAGAGUCAGUGUUUUAUGUUCUUUCAUUGUCAUUACGGGCAUCUAAAAAGGUUUAAAUGGUCAGAAUUAAGUUGAGUGAAACUCUUCUUAAGUAGUUAGUUGAUUCUUUUGUGAAGCUCCAGCUAGUAGAGACUCACCCUUUCUUCCUCUUUUAACCCACAAGACAGAUUUUGUCUUGUUGCACAAUAUUAA